GGUACGUCACUUCAUUCGAGGUACAGAGGCGGGAGAGUGAAGGCUGCGGGUCGGUGCGCUCCCUCACUCAUUCACUCACUUGUAGUUUUGUUUCCCCGAGUGUUGUGUUGCCUUGAUAAACUCUGUGGCAAGACAUCAUUAACGCAAAGAAGAGAGGAAGAAGACAGAAGCAACACAGGAAAGAGGAAUAGAUAGAGAGGAAGUGAAAGAAGAGGAAAAAGGAGAGAAAAUAAUAGAUUGAAGGAAAAGAACACGAAGGACAACUAAGGAAAAUUUAAAAAGUGCAACAAGAAGAACAAGGACAAAAAAGAGGAGGAAAGAAAUAAUUACAAAAAAAUAUACAUACAAAAACAAACAAACAGACUCAUCACACAACCACGUAUUUCCCCAGCGCGCACACACACACACACACACACACACACACACACACACACACAAUGGAAUCUUGGUUACAAAGCGAAUUUAUGAAUAUAAGUUUCCUAGACAAAAAUGAAAUGAACAACAAUUUCAAAUCAGUCUAUUCAUGGUCGGCCAAGGACUGCUACGAGUGGGGCAAACAGCAGCUGUCCAGUUCGGGUGUCUAUACUGAAGACGAUGUUAGGAAUUUUCAAGGAUUCUGCGGGUCCCAGCUGGCGUUGUUCACCCUGCAGGACUUCACCGACAGAAUAAGCAAAACAUAUGGGCAUUUCUUCUUCCAGAGAUUUCAAGACCUUCUACGCUCAGAGGACCCUGAACUCCAGACAUUAACAACGUCAUCGGAGUUAGAUUCAGUAUAUGACUACCACCUGAAGACGGAGAACCAUUUAAAUGAAGACCCUUAUCUAAACCUUCCCUGGGUCUUCGAUUCUGUGGCCACACCUGCACGCGUGGGCACACCUGACGAAAACCCACUGCAGGUGUAUGAGGAUCUGGACAGCCAAGGAAAUGGGGAGAGUUUUUUAAAUCUUCAACCCCUUUCUGCGCAGCUUAAUCUUGAAGACGGAGUCGCUGGAAACAAUGACUGGACUUCGUUUCUAAAUUCAACCUCCAUCGCUUCUCCAACCCCUCUCCCCCUCUCCCCAUCCCCCACCCCCUCCUCCUCCUCCUCCUCCUCCUCCUCCUCCUCCUCCUCCUCCUCCUCCUCCUCAUCCUACGUUCCGGAAUACCCCUCUUCACCCACGCACCCGCAGGAAGACAUCAGCUACUAUAUUCCUGAAGAAGAAAAACCGUGGCAUAUGGCCCCCCCUCCCCCUCCUACUACACCCCCCAGGACCCAGAGACGGUAGCCCCCCCGCCGUACCUCCCGCCAGUACAGGAGAACCCAGACUCCUUCUAUGGAAUGCGCUGGUGCUGGACAGAACCCCCUGGAUCCCUUGACGACCCCUUCAAGGAAAAGAAGUCGCGGGCCGAAAUCUUGGGAGUACGUAGUGAGGAUGCUGGCGGACGAACGAUUCAAUCCUUCACUCAUAUCUUGGGUGAACAAAGCGGAUUUCACGUUCAAAUUCAACAAGCCAGCAGACAUAGCGAGGAUGUGGGGACAGCGGGCAAACAAACCUAAUCUCUCUUAUGACAACUUCGCUAGAGGCCUCAGGUACCACUACAAGACCAAGGCCCUGGAGCCCGUGUCGGAGAGGCAGCUGGUCUAUAAGUGUGGGCAACCCGCCAUUGACUUCUACUAUAAUAUUACUCGACAUUAGCUGUCAUUACUACUACUACUGCUACUACUACUACUACUACUACUACUUCUACUACUACUACUAUUACUUCUACUACUACUUCUACUACUACUACUACUACUACUACUACUACUACUACUACUUCUACUACUACUACUACUACUACUGCUACUACUACUACUACUACUACUACUACUACUACUACUACUACUACUAUCGCCAUUUUGUGACGUAUCACAAUUUUGUAUGUGAUGAGAUGUACCUGAAGAGAGAGAGAGAGAGAGAGAGAGAGAGAGAGAGAGAGAGAGAGAGAGAGAGAGAGAGAGAGAGAGAGUAUACAAAUAUGUAAAUAGUAUGUAAAUAGUUUUUAUACAUGUAAUAAAGAGAUAAUUCUAUUGAGAGAGAGAGAGAGAGAGAGAGAGAGAGAGAGAGAGAGAGAGAGAGAGAGAGAGAGAAUAUAUAUAUAUAUAAUUAUUAUAAAACUGUGCCAAAAUAUUAUAUACAAAUGUACAUAUCAGAUAUUAAAUAAUAAAAUAUAUAUGUGAA